UUACUGAUAUAUACAAUCAAAUUGUUGAUAUUUGCACUGAGCAUGGAUGUCAGUAUAUUAGUUUCGAGUUCACGAGUUACAGUUUGGAUUUUUUUUUGUAUAUCUUUAUAUAUCACAUUCAUUACUUUUUUCAUAAUUUCAAACUAACUCUAUAAUAGUGCAAGUUGUGUUUCAUCCUGCCACCAACAUGCAAUUAACGCUGUUGUCUUGGGUCGCCAUUUUUGUGUCCGGAACAUUUGGGCAACCAGCUUACGAUUAUGACUGUGCAUACUCCUUCGAUCCUAGAGACAGCCGUAUAUUUGUACAUCAGUAUGGCGGACCGACCUCUUGCUUUUGGAAGUUCACGGCUCAUGAGGGAGAAACUUUCCAGCUCACUUUCAAAGAUUUUGGUGUUGACCAACAAAGCGCUGAUUGUUCUAAACAUUAUGUUACUGUUCGAGACGGAUAUGAGGAACUUAAGCACUGCGGAAGAAUUAAUACACCCUACAAGAUAACAACGUCAGGACAUACUUUAACUAUUAGAUUCUGGAAAAACAACAUCAAUGAUAACUUCUACAUUGAUGCUAAUCUAAAAAUAGUAGAUACGAAAUCAAGAUUCACUGUGCAUAAUAUAGCAAUGACAUGGUCAGAUGCUGAAGCAAACUGCAAACAAAAUGGUGGAUACAUUGCAAGGAGCUUCCCGGUGGUACCACAAAAGUUAAAGAAUCUGAUACGCCGUACCUACAAACACAAUAAUAACAAUGAAUACUGGAUAGGAAAAUCGUUAACGCCAUGGGUUUCGCUUUUAGGAUGUGUUAGAUGGGACAGGAAUAAAGUGAAAAAUGCAGUUUAUAAAAAGUCAAAGUACAAUCAGAUGUCGGAAUGUGCAACAGCAUGUCGGGGUUCAGCUUCCUUUAUGUUGCAGAGAAACUCUUGUUAUUGCUUAAAUGAGGAGGAAAAAAGAGGCGUCAAAUAUGUACCUUAUAUUAAGUGUGAUGAACCUUGCCCUGGACAGUCACGUGAGAAAUGUGGUGGGAUAAAUGUUUUCACAUUUUAUGAUUAUUAUCAUGGACAAGUAGCCGAAGCAAACGACAUGUAUAACUGUGUAUUCCAGACGGAGGAGCCCCACAACACUCAAUCCUACAACAAACAGUGUCACUGUGAUGAAGAAUUGGGCUUUACUUGCAAAUUGAUCAACGGGUCUGAGGUCACUUUCAAUAAAGAUCUUCCCCGGAGGAAAACAGCACAUAGCCUGUACAAGGCUAUAGACUUCUGUGCCAGGCUGUCCGGUGGACUUGGAAUGUCGCCACUGCCCAAGUAUCCAAAACCUUAUUACAAAGAAAAAUACUGGACAACGAUAACGAGAGCUGUGGACUGGAACUACGAUUCUGUAUCCCAGAGGAGGCCAGACUUCAGCUCUGUACCGACUUUGGAUUACAGGGGCAUUUAUCUAGAAACGUUCAGAAAUACGUCAAAGAAGCAUAGAUUCAUCUGCCAAUACGAUAUUGUAUCAUGCGGUCAAAAUGUAUCAGCAGACGACGGCAACAUAACAUCUCCUAAUUAUCCGCUGGAAUAUAAGAAUGGUCAAGUCUGUGAAUGGCAGAUUACAGUAAAUGACAGCAAGAUAAUCCAACUUGUAAUUGCUGAUAUGGAUCUCGAAAAUAGCCAGGACUGCAUUUAUGACUAUCUUUUGGUGGUAGAAAACACUACUAGCGAGAGGUUAUGUGGCAGGCGUCGAAAACAGUAUAUACUCACAAAGUACAACACGGUCAAUAUUGUGUUUCGUAGUGAUGAUACAUUAACAGGAGCUGGAUUCACUUUAUUGUGGUCGGCAGUGGAUCGAAGUAUAAGCACUUAUCCAACUACAAGUUCUGAUGGAGAGUUUGGUAAAUCAUCUGAACAGAAGUCUCUGAGUGGUGGCGCUAUAGUGGGGAUAACUGUUGCUGUAGCUGCCUUCUGUGUUUUAAUGGCCGCUUUCUUGGCUUGUGUUUUCUACAGAAAAACACAUCCUACACGUACAGUGCAAGACCAUGAAGAGACGUCCACUGCGCAUAAUUUAGUUUACGCAAUAUCAUCAUUCAAUACUGGCAGCAGUUUUAACGAUGAAGAUAAUAAAGCAUAUGAAAAUGUAUCGCAGAAAAGGAGGGAGAACUUGAGAGCCGAAGCGUCGUAUGCUAACGAUCCCAGCAGGAGCGUGGAGAGCAGCGGAAACAUCUACCUAACUAUAAACUACGGGAAUAAUGACGUCAUGGGUGAUGUAAGUACUGAUGCAGGAAGCAAGGCCAACCUUCUUUUAGAUAGCGACAGUAGCGCUACUGAUACAAUUGAUAGUAGAACGACAAGGGAGAAAAAGAACAUGCAACCUAAAGAAGCAUCAGGAAGUGGCACUGACGAGGCUACAGGUGCUGAACAACCGUAUACGGACAUUACUGAUACUUCCAAUAUUGAUGAUAUAGGGAAAGAGUGUAUUAAAGUAGAAAGUACAAAAAACAUUGUUGAUUCGGGUCAGGAGUCAUCUGUUGCAUACACUGAUGUAGUGUUUGAAAGAUCAGUUAAUCCUCCUGAAACGAAAGAAGAAGACGGUUACCUUAAUGCUGGGCUGUCUAGCAAUGCUAAAAUGCCACAUUAUGAGGAUAUAGAAUCUUCUGAAUGUGUUCUCAAUGGUGCUCACAAAACGGGUACAGAUGUGAAAAAGGAAAACGAUGCAAGUAAUUCAUAUUUGGAAUUAUAAACAUCGUUAAUUUCAGGUACAAGACAAAUGUGGCAAUUUUAAUUUUAAAUAUUUCAUUUUUAGUUAGUGUCGACGUUAAAGAAUACUGCAACUGCCAUGCCAAAAAGUGUAAGUUUUAGUUGUUUACCUCAAUCGUUUGGUAUACUUAGUGAAAGUCCAAAAACUGAUUAUAUUAAGUAUCUUUGGUCGCCAUCAAACAGUAUCAUGUGUUUAAAGUUUGCAAGAAACGAAGUUACUGUUUAGUUUUGACAAUUAUUUUCAAACAAUGUCUACAUACCUGCAUUAAUUUUCAGAAGUCAAAGUCGAUACGGUGAUACAUUUGUAUUUUGUGCAUAUGACCUCGGUAAAAGUAUCAACGAGUGAAUAGAGUAUUGCCAAGCAAAAAAGGGUGUCAAGAGGACUUACUGUCUCAACUGCAGCAUAACCUAAUGAUCUGAAAUACAUGAAUGUUGUACCUGUAUAUUCAAUAGCAUGUUAUAUAAAUACUAUGUUAUAUAUAAUGCUAAAUGUUUGAUUUAGCAUGUACACACAUUUACAGUUGUUAAUUGCUUUUAAAAAUAAAUGUUAGUCAGGACAUAAAAAUGGCCUAACAUCUUUGACUUCAACGAGCGACCUUGGCCUUUAAGCUGGAUGUUUACGUUAAUAUCAAAACACCUUGAUGGAAGGAAAGCAACAGAAAAUUUGAAA